GGAAGGGGUAGGGCCGGCGCACAUUGUCAAAUACUGGUCCGCCGAGGGCCUGCCAGACACUCGCCGCCCGGUCACCAAGCCGCCAUGAAGCCCACGAGAAUGCUAUUGCACGCCACCCUCGCACUGGCGGCGACCGUCGCAGCCCUGGAGCCGCCGGCGCCCCCAGCCAAGCCGUCCUCCAUGUUAGCGGCCGAGGGGCGCGAUGCCAUUCCUGACAUCCCGGACCUCCAGGAUGUGGACAGCGAGGCCGAGGCGAGCGACACCAAGAUGUUGGCUGCCGCCGGGGGCGCAGGCGCCGCCGCGGCGCACGGACACGGCAAAUUCUUCCAGGACUUCUACUCGCUGCAGUACGGGCCGCGCCAGGUCGAGUUCGGCCACGUGUGCGAGGACCCCAACGAGUGGGAGCAGCGGUUCGAGCGCAAGGACAUGGACAAGGACCACCACCAGGGGCAGGUGCGCUGGGGAGAUAAGCACGGAGGCUACGGCGAGCACUACUGGGACUACAACCAUGGCGGUCACCAUGACGGCGGUGACGGCGGCGAUGGCGGAGGCGGUGGCGGCGGCGAGGGGAGCGCGCCGAUUCCUGACAUUCUGGAGCACCCCGACGACGAGCGCCGCCCGCAGUUCAAACGUCAGUCCGCCUUCGACCAGGCUGGCGCGGCGUCCACGACGGGCGCCGAGUCACCGCCGGGGAGGAGCCGCGCCUACCGCAAGAAAUACGUCCGGCCGACGACCACCCCCGCGACCCCGACUCACCCCGUGCCGAAGGCCAGGACCACGCCGAGACCGCAGCCCUACCGCCAGCCGCCGCCGCCACCCACGGCCGGAACCGGAGCCCCGAUGCACGCCAGAAACACGAAGUCCGCUGCCUUCUUCACCCCCGACUUCCCUCCGGGCGGCAUGUUCCAGAGCGCAGCGGCAGCCGCGGGCCUCGGGCCGAGGGCAGCGCGACAAACACAGACGGAGGGUUCUACGGCGCAGGCGCACGCUGCCAAGGCGCAGCCGAAGGGACCGGCCAAGGGACAGCCAAGUGGACAGACAAAGUUGCAGCCAAAUGGACCACCCAAGGGACAGGGUGCCCCAGGGCCGGGACAGGUCGCCGCCGCCCUCGUGCGUCGGCUAGCGUUCGACCCGCGGACUGGCAGAGUGCACGACGAGGACACGGGCCAAGUAUUCGUGCUGCAGCCAGUCAGCUGAGCCAGCGCAUAUGUUUACUCACUAUUUAUAUUUUUGUAAUUAGACUCACCUUAUCUGAGCAAUGCGAUUUGUUUUCGAUCGAUCUCGGAUUUAC